GUCACUGGCUGGCUGAAGUUUAAGCCAUCCAAAAAAAUUCUGUAAUGUCUGAAGGAUACAACACUCCUACAGGGAAUUUAAAGUAUAAGCUCACACCCAAUCACACAUACACACACGUACAUGCAGGCAGGCACAAGAGCUAUUAUGUAAUGAAAAAGUUCCUGCUUGACUCACAGUCACAGAGGUGGAGCUUGUCAUGAGUUUCAAGGAAAGAGAAAGAUUUGUAGAGGUGCUUGCUUUCAUUGACGGUACGUAGCUGUCUGUCCACCGUGGGCACAUUAUACUGAUGGACCAAAAUGGCACCUGAACUGCUGGGGUCCAGCUCAAAACUGUCCACAGCUGCUUUUCUUCAGAUGCUUCAGAUGCAAUCACAUUUCUACUUUCAUCACAGAGUGAAACCUUUGGUUAAACUUUUCAACUGACAACAAAAUGAGUCAGUCAGACAAUCAAUAUACAAAACUGCGAUGGUUAUUAACCAUCGUUGGACUGUUCAUGUAUGUGGUGGACAUUUGGACAGACAUUGGACUGGCGCUGAAAUAUUUUCAGGAUAAACAUUUUGUGUGGACUGGACUGACUCUAGCGUUUGUUCUGGCUGGGCUGCUGGUGACGCAGAUCUUCAGUUAUGCCUGGUACAGGGAUGACAUGAAUGAUGCUCUGAUAAACCCAGAGGGAAGACCAACCUUAUCAGGCAUAUCCAAAGGUGGACUUGCUGUCCUGCACCUGUUUGGCGUGGGCAUCUUCACCAGGUAUUGUCAGCUGCUGAAACAAGGGUUCAAAGUGGUUUGGACGACAGCAAAUGCCCAUACAGGGGAUGUGCACCACAAACUGUUUUGCAUGGCUACUGAUCUGAGCAUGCUCAAACUGUUUGAGGCUUUCCUGGAGAGUGUUCCCCAACUGCUUCUACAACUGUACAUAGUGCUGGGCCAUGCAGAGUGCUCAGUCCUGCAGUAUUUAUCUAUGACGUUCUCCUUCUUUAACAUUGCCUGGGCCCUGGUGGACUAUCGUCGCUGCCUGCGCAGGUCACUCCGCCAUUUCAAGGAGAUGCCCUCUGGCCUCCCCACAGUAAUAUACCUCCUCUACAAACUCUGCACCAUCACCAGCCACAUCCUGAGCUAUGCCCUCCUCCUCAUACUGAGCACCUACACAACAAUAGCCCUCACCGUUCUCUGGCUGCUAGGAACAACCUGGACACACUUUCUUCAAACCAACUUCUGCUUAUCCAGAGGCCUUGAGCUACUGUACCGAGCGGUCAUCGGAGUCAUACUCACGUUCACCUUUUUCAACGUCAAAGGACAGGACACCAAAAUAGAAAUGAUCAUCUACUACUUCUUUUAUUCUCUUAUGCACAUUAUGGCUCCUUUAUUGCUGGGUUUUUUUAAGCCAGAGUUGCAGUCAGCCACGUUUCUGCUCACAGUCAGUGGUUUAAUCUUUGGAGGCACGGUGCUGGGACUGGUGUGUCUCGUGCUCUAUUACCUCCUCCUGCAUCCCAGAGGGACACAGCGAGAGGCAGAUGAGGUGGAUGGCCUAGGAAAUGAAACAGAGACCACUCUGAGAAUAAGUAACUUUUUACAGCCUUGAUAAAAAUCUAUUUCCAAUCUUAGUUGUGGAGGACAGAGAGAAAAAGAUACACACGUGCUGGAAAUCUGAAAAAAACUAACAAUUUGAUGAAGAAAAAGACUAAAUAGAGCCUGUUCAGAGAGAUGUUAUCUUGAUAUUGUGUCAUUUUAAUGCUGCUAUCUUACCAUGAAGUUUGCUUUGUCAAUACUGACAUAAAUGGCACACUAAGCAAUUAAGUGCAAUACUAAAUGACCUGUUAUUUAUUCAAGACUCUAUUAAUAAUGCAUUGUAAUAAAAUGAUGUUAUAUAUAUUUUUUGUGAAAGACAUAUACAUUUAUGUAAGAACACACAAUGAUAAAGCUUAUUGUUAAAUUGUA